GCUACGUGAAAAGAGCCAAAGAGCCACACAUGCUCCACCUCUCCCACCCCAAGAAUCCCCCAAGCCCUAAUUCCACCCCUCUUCUCCACCCGAAGCUUCCCUCCAAAACCGAACACUAACCCUAAUCUUCUCUUUCUUCCCUCCGCAUUCUCUUCCGAGAUGGCGGGCGAGCAGUGAACUCCUCCCAGUGCUCACCCCACUGCGUACUCCUGCCGUUGGAGCAAUGUCCCUGGACGGCGCCGUGGGGAGGAGGGACGACCCGCCAGCGGGCAACGGGAGUGGAAAUGGGGCGGUGUCAGCGGCGCUGCCGACCGGCCGGCCAACUUACGGUGGCCGGCCAACUUACGGCGACCGGCGUCUCCGGCUGAACCCGAACACGGAGCACAAGCCGGAGCGGUACGACGACUUGGAGACGGAGUUCGAUGCGUCCCUCUUCAGCUCGCUGGAGAGGCACCUCCCCUCGAGCAUGCUCGAGGCGCCGCGCGACUCCAAGGUCCAGUUCAUGAAGGAGAUCAUCGCCAGGUACUUGUCCGAUGGGGAGCGAACUAGGGUUCAGAGGCACAAAGAAUACAGGCAGAAGAUAAUGUCAGCGUAUCAGCCUCUCCAUAAUGAGCUAUACAACAUGCAUCCUGCAACUUUCUUUGUGCCGUCAUUUGUCCAAGCAAUCAAUGAAAACACAGAGGAGAGUUUCAGAAGCAUAAUGUCAGAACCCUCUCCUGGAGUUUAUACAUUUGCUAUGCUUCAGCCAACUUUCUGUGGGUUGCUACUAGAUGAGGUUGAAAAUUUUGAAAGGUGGGUCAAUGCAGUUAAGUUCAAGAUAAUGAGACCAAAUACAAUGAAUAAGUAUGGUGCUGUUCUUGAUGAUUUUGGCCUGGAAGCUACACUUAACAAGCUUAUGGAAGAAUUCAUAUGUCCCAUAUCUAAAGUAUUUUUCCCUGAGGUUGGUGGAUCAACACUGGACUCGCAUCAUGGUUUUGUGGUUGAGUAUGGAAAAGACAAGGAUGUUGAGUUAGGUUUCCAUGUGGAUGACUCAGAAGUCACGCUAAACAUAUGCUUGGGCAAGCAAUUUUCUGGUGGUGAAUUAUUUUUUCGAGGCGUUCGAUGUGACAAACAUGUAAACUCAGAGACACAACCUGAGCGCCUUGUGAUAGUGAUCUUGCUUAUUCACAGGAGAUCUAUGAGUAUUCCCAUGUCCCUGGUCAAGCUGUACUUCAUCGUGGUCGUCAUCGGCAUGGUGCCCGUGCCACAACAUCCGGACAUAGGAUUAAUUUGCUUUUGUGGUGUAGAAGUUCAGUUUUCAGGGAGAUGAAGCAAUAUCAGAAGGAUUUUUCUAGCUGGUGUGGUGAGUGUCAGCGUGAAAAGAAGGAAAGGCAGCGCCACUCAGUUGCUGCUACUAAGCUGGUUGCAUUCUGACCUUGUUUCACUACCAUGCAAUUCUGAACAUAUUGUGAAACUUGAAAGAAGUGAACAGUGCAUGACUAUUAGAAUAAUAUUUUCCUUUGUUUCUCUACAACAGGCAUUCCUUCGGAGUGGAGGAUCAGUCAUCUAAGCAAUUUUUUUGUAUGUAAUUUAGUUUGGAUGGUUGUAAAAUAGCAAGCUUUCUCCUCCCUCAGAUACUAAGUGGUUGCUGUUGUAAUUCACAUUAGUUCCAUCAGCCCCUCUUUUGAGAUGGUUGUUGUUUGAAGGAUAUUUAUUUAUAAGUAACUAAUGUCAGAAUCCAGUCAUAACAUUUUAA